AUGUUGCGUAACACUUUUACCAAAGCUGGCGGCCUAUCACGUAUCACAUCCGUAAGAUUCGCUCAAACACAUGCCCUUUCCAAUGCUGCCGUAAUGGAUCUGCAAUCCAGAUGGGAGAACAUGCCCUCCACUGAACAGCAGGAUAUCGUCGGUAAGUUGAGUGAACGUCAGAAAUUACCAUGGGCACAACUUACCGAGCCUGAAAAGCAAGCUGUGUGGUACAUCUCCUACGGGGAAUGGGGGCCAAGAAAACCUGUGUUGAAUAAGGGUGAUUCCAGUUUUAUUGCCAAAGGUGUUGCUGCCGGCCUACUAUUAUCAGUGGGUCUUUUUGCUACCGUCAGGAUGGUUGGUGGUGAAGACACAAAGACCAUGAAUAAGGAGUGGCAGUUAAAGAGUGACGAAUAUUUGAAGUCCAAGAAUGCUAAUCCUUGGGGUGGUUACUCCCAGGUCCAAUCUAAAUGA